CGCAGAUCAAAACAUCUCUGCCUCCCCCUUGCUUCCACUUUCUAGUCUUCACUAGGUUCUAACUGCCUUGAUUCAGUAACAGCCGGCCUAUUAUCUCGUGGCUUCUGUCAAGUUCCUGAUUUUCUGCUCUUCGUGAAGAUGAGGAAGAACUCGGUCUAAGUGUCCUCUGGAACCUACACUGAGACAUAUUCCAAAAUGAGUGUGGUCUGACGCGCGGUGCAGGAGCCAGAAGCAGAUCCUUUCCUCCGGAAGUUACGAGAUGGCCAAUUCAACCACCACAGAACCUCCAAACCAGCCCUGCUCCCGGAACACCCUGAUCACGCAGCAGAUAGUCCCUGUGUUGUACGGUGUGGUCUUCAUCACGGGCAUCAUCCUGAAUGGAGUGUCAGGAUGGGUGUUCUUCUAUGUGCCCAGCUCUAAGAGCUUUAUCAUCUAUCUCAAGAACAUAGUUGUGGCUGACUUUCUGAUGAGCCUGACCUUCCCUUUCAAGGUCCUUGGUGACUCAGGCCUAGGUCCCCUGAAGGUGAAUGUGUUUGUGUGUAGGUUCUCCGCCGUGAUCUUCUACGUUAAUAUGUACGUCGGCAUCGUGUUCUUUGGGAUCAUUAGCUUUGACAGGUACUAUAAGAUUGUAAAGCCCCCUUUGACUUCCAUUAUCCACUCGGUGAAUUAUAGCAAGCUGUUCUCCGUGCUUGUAUGGAUGCUCAUGCUUCUCCUCGCAGUCCCAAACAUCAUCCUGACAAACCAGAGUGUCAGCAAAGAGGCUACGAAGAUAAACUGCAUGGAACUGAAAAAUGACCUGGGACGCAAGUGGCACAAAGCAUCGAAUUAUGCCUUUGUGAGCAUUUUCUGGAUUGUCUUUCUUCUGCUCAUCAUCUUCUACACCGCCAUAACGAGGAAAAUCUUUAAGUCUCACCUUAGGUCCAGAAAGAAUUCCAUCUCCGUCAAAAGGAAGUCUAGCCGCAAUAUAUUCAGCAUUGUGCUCGUAUUUUUUGUGUGUUUUGUACCUUACCACAUUGCCAGAAUCCCCUACACAAAGAGUCAGACAGAAGCGCAUUACAGCUGCCAGUCAAAGGAAACCCUGCUCUAUGUGAAAGAGUUCACUCUGCUACUCUCUGCUGCAAAUGUGUGUCUGGACCCCAUUAUUUAUUUCUUCCUAUGCCAGCCAUUUAGAGAAGUCUUAAAUAAAAAGUUACACAUCCCACUGAAAGUACAGAAUGACCUAGAAACUUCCAAAACCAAAAGAGGAAAUACGACUCAUGAAAGCACAGACACUUUGUAAAUUCCCAUCCCCUUCCAAGUACUGUCCAUCUUGCUACGUGAUUGUUAAGAUGCAUGAAUAAAAACCAUGCUUGUGAUGAUAAGUAACUUACCUAGCAAUACUAUCCAAUAAUAAGCAUGAAUCCAAAAAAGUACAAUAAAAACUCAAACAUAAGUUUCCAUGUAAAAUUAGAGUCUGCUGCA